CCAGUACACGUCACACCUGGCCUUCGCAAAUCACAACCAGGCUUCCUCCUCUGUGUCUGCUGCUGUCGCCGCCGCCGACGAGUCCACCUCGUCGCCGGCUACCUCGUCCCCCUCCCCCCCCCCCCCGUUCCCCGAGGAGGCAGCGCUCGGCGUGGGUCUCGGCCUGGGCAGCGGUCGCGGCGCCCAUGGCUGGCAGCGAUGGUGCGGUCACCGGCAAGCGUCGCGUCGCGGAGACCUUCUCCAGGCUCAGGGAGCAGGGCAAGACUGCAUUCAUCCCGUUCAUCACCGCGGGUGACCCUGACUUGGCAACCACAUCAAAAGCAUUGAAGAUCCUCGAUUCUUGUGGUUCGGAUGUGAUUGAGCUCGGCGUACCAUACUCAGAUCCAUUGGCUGAUGGGCCAGUAAUUCAGGCUUCUGCAACGCGAGCACUUAAGAAAGGCACUACGCUCGUUUCUGUCAUAGAGAUGCUGAAGGGGGUUAUACCUGAGCUGUCUUGCCCUAUAGUUCUCUUCACAUACUACAAUCCAAUUCUAAAGCGUGGGGUGCGAAACUUCAUGGCUACUAUCAAACAAGCUGGAGUACAUGGCCUUGUAGUGCCUGAUCUUCCGUUGGAGGAGACAACGUUGUUGAGGAGCGAGGCCAUUAUGCAUAACAUAGAGCUGGUGCUGCUUACAACACCAACUACACCAACAAAAAGGAUGAAGGAAAUUGCAGAAGCUUCAGAAGGCUUUGUUUAUCUUGUGAGUGCUAUUGGAGUUACAGGCGCACGCUCAAAUGUAAACUCACGUGUAGAACAUCUUCUUCGGGAGAUCAAGCAGGUUACAGACAAACCUGUGGCUGUUGGCUUCGGCGUAUCAAAACCAGAGCAUGUGAAGCAGAUUGCAGGUUGGGGAGCAGAUGGUGUGAUCAUUGGCAGCGCAAUUGUUAGACAGUUGUGUGAAGCUGCUACUCCUGAAGAAGGACUGAAAAGGCUAGAGGAGUACACCAAGAAUAUCAAGGCCGCUAUGCCAUGAGAUAAUCACUCCCAUCACGAGCAAGCUAAUUAGAACAUAACAGAAUAGUGGUUUUAGCGGUAGUCUGGUCAAGGAUUUAGGAUCCAUGUAGCAUCUAGUGUUCUUUAGUAUUUCUCCAGUGGUGAGAAGAACUCUAUCAUUGCCUAGAACGCAAGAUGAAUAAAGGUGGUAAUUUGGAAAA